AUGAAGUUCUCAAGCAUCUCCACCGUGAGUAGUCUUCUAGCUUUUACUACCGCUCAGCUUCAUACCGAAACUAUACCAGUUGUGUGUUCUGGGGCUCCCUCAUCCACUGUCAUCCAGACAGUCACAAUGAUAGAAGAAAACUCUGGUCCAUAUUACCCCACCAUCACAUCAAAAUAUGUUACCACAGUAGAUGGGACGGUAACCUCAGUCAACUAUGAUGGAGAAAGCAAGUCAACAGUUUGGGUCUACCCAAGCGGUACCGGGAACGAAAAGCAUUAUACCGUCGCUACCUAUGAGAAUGACAUUGUUAUCGACGUAAACAAUGUUGAUAUCACUAUCAUCAUCGUUGAUGGUUUCGUCGUCACACAUACUCCAACUCUUCCCAUCCAAACAACGACUACCCCGCCUUACAGCACUGAAACCAGUAAAACAUAUGGCGAAAUUCAUGAUGUAACUGUAGGCGAUAAAGGUCUCAAUAAUUACUCUCCAAACCAAAUCAACGCCAACGUGGGAGAUAUCAUUCGAUUCAGAUUCCUCGCCAGAAACCACAUCGUUACCCAAUCCAAUUUCAACACUCCCUGCAAUUUCAACGGUGGUUUGGAUACCGGCUUCAACCAAUUCAACCUGACUAAUACUACCGAUAUCACCCGCGAUUUUGUCGUCAACACAAACAAACCAAUUUGGUUCCACUGUGCUCAAGCAAACCCAAAGUCAAAUUGCCAAGCUGGCAUGGUUCUUGGUAUCAACCCCGCAGGUAAAUUUGAUGCAUUCUUAGAGAAAGCAAAAAACAGUGGUAACUCCAUAGUCAUUCCUUCCGGAAUUGGAUUUAUCAUUGGCGUUCCUGCUCCCACUGAUACUUAUACCACUAAGACUGGACCUUGGAUCACGGGUGUUUCAGCACCCUCUGGUUACUCUUCUACGAUUUCGACGUAUACGCCUGUUUACAGGUAUCCUUCUAUCAAGAAAAGAUCUUUCCAGGCAUAA